UAUGAAAGUUUAAUAUAUAUCAAUCGAAGGCAAACGGGCAGUAAGCUGCGCCGGUAGCUCUUUCUGAAUGUCAAACACACAAUACGACACCUCGUUUGGUUAUUUUUUUUCAAAACUCAAGUGGCAAUUUUCGUAAUAUUUGGUCCACCAUUGGUCUCUUUUGCAUUGCGUUUGUUAAAAGUUAAAACCCACGUCCCUGCACCUUUCCACAUUCGGCUUACUCUCUCUCUCUCUAGUUUUCUGUGAGAGAAAACAUCUGUAACAAUGGCGGAAAUUGUACGGAAGCAUGGACAUCGUAUGUCGAUGAAUAGACGCGAUGAAGUUGGAAAAGAAAAAUGGGCGAAGCAUUACUCUUCGAAUCACCAGAUACUGUUAGUUGGAGAAGGAGAUUUCUCCUUUUCUCUGAGUCUGGCGAUGUCAUUUGGCUCUGCCUCAAACAUUGUCGCCACUUCUCUCGACUCUUAUGAUAUUCUUAUCAAGAAAUACAAUAGAGCAAAAUCAAACUUGGGUAUCCUGCGUUAUUUUGGAGCUCAACUAUUACAUGGAGUUGAUUCAAUCAACAUGAAACUUCAUACCGAUCUUCGAAUCCGAAAGUUUGACCGAAUUGUAUAUAAUUUCCCACAUGCCGGCUUCCUAGGGAAAGAAAGUGAUCACUUGGUCAUCAUGAUGCACAAAAAUUUGGUUCGUGGUUUCUUCAUGAAUGCAAUCGACAUGUUGCUUCCAAAGGGUGAAGUUCAUGUAACUCACAAGACUGCUCACCCGUUUGACACAUGGAAUAUCGAAGAACUGGCAACUCAAAGUGGUUUAACAUUGAUUGAAUGCAUCGAUUUCAAGAUUGAAGAUUAUCCUGGUUAUAACAACAAAAGAGGAGAUGGUAAGGAUUCCGACCUUCCAUUUCCUUUAGGCAAGUGUAGUACUUUCAAAUUCAUAUUAUCUUCACAAGCCAUGGAAUAUCUAACCACUUCACACCAUAGAAGAAACUCUCAACAACCUCAAGAAAUUCCAUUACAAACAGGAAAUGCAAGAAUGGAUUCGAAUCCUUCAUCAAUUAUGAUGAAGAGCAAGGAAUGCUUUUGGAUUUUUAGGGAGUAUUUCAAUCAUGCGCGAUUGACAUCUGGGAAAACUGAUGACUAUCUUCCAAAUUCUGUUAAGGACAUGCUAAGAAUCGGGUUUGAAAGAUACAAUGCAGAAAAUCAUGGAAAACCCUUGGAUGGUUAUGUACAUCUUUUAAAAGAGCUUCAUAGUUUAAGUAAAGAGAGGGUCACAUUCUUGCAAAGGUGGUUGAUGGAAAUGGAUCACUAUCGCUUGUAA